AUGGCGGCCGCAACCGUGUUAGUUCCCGCAGAGUGGAUAAAGAACUGGGAGAAAUCAGGGAGAGGCGAAUUUUUGCAUUUAUGCCGAAUCCUCAGUGAAAAUAAAAGCCAUGAUAGUUCAACUUAUAGAGAUUUCCAGCAAGCUCUCUAUGAGUUAUCAUAUCAUGUCAUUAAGGGAAAUUUAAAGCAUGAACAGGCAUCUAAUGUUCUUAAUGACAUUAGUGAAUUUCGUGAGGAUAUGCCCUCCAUUCUUGCUGAUGUAUUCUGCAUAUUAGAUAUUGAAACAAAUUGUUUAGAAGAAAAAAGCAAGAGAGACUAUUUUACACAAUUGGUAUUAGCAUGUUUGAAUUUAGUUUCAGACACAGUUCUAAAGGAACGCCUGGAUCCAGAAACCUUGGAAUCAUUGGGCCUUAUCAAACAAUCACAGCAAUUCAAUCAAAAAUCUGUUAAAAUCAAGACAAAACUUUUUUAUAAGCAGCAAAAAUUCAAUUUGUUAAGAGAAGAGAAUGAAGGUUAUGCCAAGCUGAUUGCUGAAUUGGGGCAAGAUUUAUCUGGAAAUAUUACUAGUGAUUUAAUCUUGGAAAAUAUCAAAUCUUUAAUAGGAUGCUUUAAUCUGGAUCCCAAUAGAGUUUUGGAUGUCAUUUUAGAAGUGUUUGAAUGCAGGCCAGAACACGAUGACUUCUUUAUAUCUUUAUUAGAAUCUUACAUGAGUAUGUGUGAACCGCAAACACUGUGUCAUAUUCUUGGGUUCAAAUUCAAGUUUUAUCAGGAACCGAAUGGAGAGACUCCAUCAUCUUUAUACAGAGUUGCAGCAGUACUUCUGCAAUUUAAUCUUAUUGAUUUAGAUGAUCUUUAUGUACACCUUCUUCCAGCUGAUAAUUGCAUUAUGGAUGAACACAAACGAGAAAUAGUGGAAGCUAAGCAGAUUGUUAGAAAACUUACAAUGGUGGUGUUGUCUUCUGAAAAAAUUGAUGAACGAGAAAAAGAGAAGGAAAAAGAAGAGGAGAAAGUAGAGAAGCCACCUGACAACCAAAAACUUGGUUUGUUGGAAGCCUUGUUAAAGAUCGGUGAUUGGCAGCAUGCACAGAACAUUAUGGAUCAGAUGCCUCCAUAUUACGCAGCUUCGCAUAAGCUAAUAGCCCUUGCUAUUUGCAAGCUCAUUCACGUAACUCUUGAGCCUCUCUACCGAAGAGUUGGCGUUCCUAAAGGUGCUAAAGGCUCACCUGUUAGUGCUUUGCAAAACAAGAGAGCACCAAAACAAGCAGAGAACUUUGAAGAUUUGAGGAGAGAUGUAUUCCAUAUGUUCUGUUACCUUGGUCCUCACCUUUCCCAUGAUCCCAUUUUAUUUGCAAAAGUGGUUCGUAUAGGCAAGUCAUUUAUGAAGGAGUUUCAGUCUGAUGGAAACAAGCAAGAAGAUAAAGAGAAAACGGAAGUUAUCCUUAGCUGUUUGCUUAGCAUUACUGACCAGGUACUACUUCCAUCUCUUUCUUUGAUGGACUGCAAUGCUUGUAUGUCUGAAGAACUAUGGGGAAUGUUUAAAACAUUUCCAUAUCAGCAUAGAUACCGUCUGUAUGGCCAGUGGAAGAAUGAAACGUAUAAUAGUCAUCCACUUUUAGUAAAAGUUAAAGCUCAGACAAUAGACAGAGCCAAAUAUAUCAUGAAGCGUCUAACCAAGGAGAAUGUGAAACCUUCUGGAAGACAAAUAGGGAAGUUGAGCCACAGUAAUCCAACCAUUUUGUUUGAUUAUAUCUUGUCACAAAUACAGAAAUAUGAUAACUUAAUAACGCCUGUAGUAGAUUCAUUGAAAUACCUCACUUCUUUGAAUUAUGAUGUCUUGGCCUAUUGUAUUAUUGAAGCUUUAGCUAAUCCAGAAAAGGAGAGAAUGAAACAUGAUGACACAACCAUCUCAAGCUGGCUCCAGAGUCUGGCUAGUUUCUGCGGUGCAGUUUUUCGUAAAUACCCUAUUGAUCUUGCUGGUCUUCUUCAAUAUGUUGCCAAUCAGCUAAAGGCAGGCAAAAGUUUUGACCUGCUUAUAUUGAAAGAAGUGGUACAAAAAAUGGCAGGAAUAGAAAUUACAGAGGAAAUGACAAUGGAGCAACUAGAGGCUAUGACUGGGGGAGAGCAGUUGAAAGCUGAGGGUGGUUAUUUUGGCCAGAUCAGAAACACUAAAAAAUCCUCUCAGAGGUUAAAAGAUGCACUAUUGGACCAUGAUCUUGCACUUCCUUUGUGUUUGCUUAUGGCUCAACAGAGAAAUGGUGUAAUCUUUCAGGAAGGUGGAGAGAAACAUCUGAAACUUGUGGGAAAGCUCUAUGAUCAGUGUCACGAUACCCUGGUACAGUUUGGUGGGUUUUUGGCAUCUAAUCUAAGCACAGAAGAUUACAUAAAGCGAGUACCUUCAAUUGAUGUGCUCUGUAAUGAAUUUCAUACACCCCAUGAUGCAGCAUUUUUCCUGUCUAGGCCAAUGUAUGCACACCAUAUUUCAUCAAAAUAUGAUGAACUUAAAAAAUCAGAAAAGGGAAGUAAACAGCAACAUAAAGUUCAUAAAUAUAUCACAUCAUGUGAGAUGGUGAUGGCUCCUGUUCAUGAAGCAGUGGUCUCCUUGCACAUUUCCAAAGUCUGGGAUGACAUCAGCCCUCAAUUCUAUGCCACAUUCUGGUCAUUGACAAUGUAUGACCUUGCAGUUCCACAAACCAGCUAUGAAAGAGAAGUCAAUAAACUUAAAAUCCAGAUGAAAGCAAUUGAUGACAAUCAGGAAAUGCCUCCAAAUAAAAAGAAAAAAGAGAAGGAGCGCUGUACCGCCCUUCAGGACAAGCUUCUUGAAGAAGAAAAGAAACAAAUGGAACAUGUACAGCGAGUUCUACAAAGACUGAAGCUGGAAAAGGACAACUGGCUUUUAGCAAGUCUCUGCAAGUCUGAAUAUAAAAGUGUUUUCUCUGACAUAAUAUACACGGUCGCAAGCUGUACUGAAAACGAAGCUAGUCGAUACGGGAGAUUUCUUUGCUGCAUGUUAGAGACUGUGACCAGGUGGCAUAGUGAUAGAGCUACAUAUGAAAAGGAAUGUGGAAACUAUCCAGGAUUCCUUACCAUAUUGCGGGCAACUGGAUUUGAUGGUGGAAAUAAAGCUGAUCAAUUAGACUAUGAAAAUUUUCGACAUGUUGUACAUAAAUGGCAUUACAAACUAACCAAGGCAUCAGUACAUUGCCUUGAAACAGGCGAAUAUACUCACAUCAGAAAUAUCUUGAUUGUGCUAACAAAAAUACUUCCUUGGUACCCAAAAGUUUUGAAUCUGGGCCAGGCUUUGGAAAGAAGAGUACAUAAAAUCUACCAGGAAGAAAAAGAGAAGAGGCCUGAUCUAUAUGCAUUGGCUAUGGGCUACUCUGGGCAGUUGAAAAGUAGAAAAUCAUACAUGAUACCUGAAAAUGAGUUUCAUCACAAAGACCCUCCUCCGAGGAACGCAGUUGCCAGUGUGCAAAACGGGCCUGGUUGUGGGCCUUCUUCAACAUCGCUAGGAAGUACAUCUAAAUCGGACGAAAGCAGUGCUGAGGAGACUGAUAAAUCAAGGGAGAGAUCUCAGUGUGGUGUGAAAGCUGUUAAUAAAGCUUCUAAUGCCACACCAAAAGGGAAUUCAAACAAUGGAAAUAGUGGCUCUAACAGCAGCAAAACUGUUAAAGAAAAUGACAAAGAUAAAGGGAAAGAGAAAGAAAAAGAGAAAAAAGAAAAGACUCCAGCUACUACUCCAGAGGCCAGGGUACUUGGUAAAGAUGGUAAAGAAAAGCCAAAGGAAGAACGGGCAAAUAAAGAUGAAAAAGCAAGAGAGACCAAGGAAAGAACGCCAAAAUCUGACAAAGAGAAAGAAAAGUUCAAGAAGGAAGAAAAAGCUAAAGAUGAAAAAUUCAAGACCGCUGUCCCCAAUGUAGAAUCAAAAUCGACUCAAGAAAAGGAAAGGGAGAAGGAGCCAUCCAGAGAAAGAGAUAUAGCAAAGGAAGUGAAAUCCAAGGAAAAUGUUAAAGGAGGAGAAAAAACAGCAGUUUCUGGGUCCUUGAAGUCCCCUGUUCCCCGAUCAGAUAUUGCAGAGCCUGAAAGGGAACAAAAACGUCGCAAAAUUGAUACUCACCCUUCUCCAUCACAUUCCUCAACAGUAAAGGACAGUCUCAACGAACUCAAGGAGUCUUCAGCAAAGCUCUACAUUAAUCAUACUCCUCCUGCACCACUAUCCAAGAGUAAGGAGAGAGAAAUGGACAAGAAAGAUUUGGAGAAGUCAAGGGAAAGAUCCAGAGAGAGAGAGAAAAAAGAUGAAAAGGACAGGAAAGAACGGAAAAGGGAUCAUUCAAACAAUGACCGUGAAGUGCCACCGGACUUAACCAAGAGGCGUAAAGAGGAAAAUGGAACGAUGGGAGUUUCAAAACACAAAAGUGAAAGUCCAUGUGAGUCUCCUUAUCCAAAUGAGAAAGACAAGGAAAAAAAUAAGUCAAAGUCUUCAGGCAAAGAAAAAGGCGGUGAUUCAUUUAAAUCUGAAAAGAUGGAUAAAAUCUCUUCUGGUGGCAAAAAGGAGUCCAGGCAUGAUAAAGAAAAGAUAGAAAAGAAAGAAAAACGGGACAGUUCAGGAGGAAAGGAAGAGAAGAAACAUCAUAAGUCCUCAGACAAGCACAGAUAA